UAGAUUUAUUUAGUUAUUAUAGUAUUAUGGCCUAUUACUGGCUAUACUCGGCUAUAUAUAUAGUAGCCAAGAUAUGAUACUAUUUACUAUAUUCUAUAUCACUAUAUUACUAUAUGAUAGUAUAGUUAGGUACUUCGAUAAAAAUUUCAAAAUGAUCACAAUGCAAUGGAACCUAUUUAGUUAGAUAGAGCUUGAGAAAUGCUUUCCAAUGAUACCAAUUUUAUAUUGCUAAGUUAAUUGUGAGGGAAGUUAUUAAAUUUUUAGUGGCCAAAAAUUAGCCUUCUUUAGCCUUUGUAAAUAAAAAAAAAAUCUGUGACCGAAACAACUGACAGUUGAACUUAAAUUAACUGUAUUAUAAAAGUCUUAAAGAUAUAGGGUUGAAACUUCACACUCUUUUACAUUAACCAGUAUUCUGUUAAAAUAAAUUAAAAAAAUAAGACCAAGCAAUAAAAUCUUUGAAAAAAAGUUAAUUAAUAUAUAAAAAAAGCCUUCGACAAAAAAUAAAAAUAUAUGUGAUUUUGUCAUCCUAUGAGCCCAAAAAUCACAAAUAAAACAAAUCAGAGAUCUGUAUUGUGUUUUAUUUUGUUUAAUUAUAAUUCUACUGUAUUUAAAUAGCUAUUUAUAUGCAUCAGAUAGAUAAUUCUUAUAAAUUAUAAAUGAAAAUAGCACUGCACAGAAAAAUAUUUCCUAAAAUUUAAUGACUUAAUAUAAGUUUCAUAAACUUCAUAAAAAAACAGUUUUAACCUUUUUGUAGAGCACUGGCAAUUAAUCAUUUUAAAAUGCCUUAAUUUAAAUGCUUUAAAAAUUAGAUUGUAAAUGAAAAAUUUCUUGCUUCGGACAAUAAAAUAAAAAAGAAACCUUGCGAUUUUUUUAGAAGUUAUUAAAAGAUUUUUUACUUGAAUUUUUGUGCAAUAAUAGCUCAUCAUUUUAAAAAUAUAAUGUACUCAUUUAUUAACUAUUAAUUUACAUGUAUAUUAAUAGAAAAAAACAACACACAGAAAAAAAAAUUAAUUAUUAGUUCGCUGAGCUAAAAAUAUGAAAAAAAAAUUGUAAUAUUUAAUAUUAUUUUUUAAAGUAAUUAAACUUUUUUCUUUAAAAUUUGCAGAUUACAAAGUCAUUAUAAUAAAGACACAUUCCCUCUCCAUAAUCUAGCAUUCAAACACUAUAAAAGUUAAUCUAAAUGAAAAAUUCCUAUGUGUGCUUCUAAAAAUAGCCCGUGAUAGACAGAAAUUGACCAUUUCCAGUAAAUCACAGUGUUGGUUGUUACUAAAAAUAGAUUUUAACCAUCAACUUUGAAAAUUAAUAUCUAAAGAGUGCGCCAAGCUACAAAGUUCAAACUUAGCACACAUAUAUAUAUAUUAACAUGCUAAAUUCAAUAGAAUUAGUGAGAUUGUUGUAACCAUAAACACUUUUAUUUUAUUUAAAAAAGAAAAUUUUACCCUUCUUUGUCUUUGUUAAUUUUAAUAUCAAAUAUCUUUAAAGUGUGCCAAGAGAAUUUAAUGAAAUUUGAAAUAUACACAUUUCAUAAUAUGAUAAAUUAUUGUAGCAAACAGCAUUGUUGUAACUUUUAUAGGAAAAAAGUUGUAAAAAUGUCAACUUUCACAUAAACUUUUGUUAAGAAAAAUUUAACAGAUUGGCUUCAAAAGCAAAUAAAAAUGAUCUCUGAUAUCUUAUGUUUACAAAAAGUAAUCAUAAUUAGUCGUCAAAUCAAAUACAAUAUGUUAAAACUUUGAUGGAAAUGACCACCCCUUAAAAAAGGGUAAAAUGUGCUGACACACUUUUCAGCCAUUUUUUGGGAGAAAAAAAAAUGGAUCUAGGUCAGUUUAUCGAAGUACCUAGUAUAGUGGCUAUAUGAGUAUAGGCUCUACUCUUUGCCAUAGGCGCCAUAGAAAAUAGUCUAAUUAGUCUAAUAACUAAUAAGUAAUUUCAAAGGCAUAGUCAUAGUCGGGCAUAGAUCUAUUCUAUUAGAUUAUCAUUAGAAUAGAAUUAGACUACUAGUGACUAAAUAGUCAAUAGAUUUAAAUCAAUUCAUGUCGAUGACAAUUCAAAUAUGAUUAAAAUAAAAAAAAAAUAAUAGUAGUAGUAGUCUAAAUGGAGAGACUAUUGAAAUUGUGCAAACCUUUAAAUACCUUGGUACUAUCCUAGACAAUAAACUAAAUUUUACUGCAAAUACUGAUUAUAUCAGCAAAAAAGGGCAGCAAAGAUUACGACUACUAAGAAAACUGUCCUCGUUUAAUGUUAGCGAAAAGGCCUUGGCUAUGUUUUAUCACGCUCACAUCUGCAAUGUUUUCAGUUUCAAUAUCACUGCCUGGUAUGGCAAUCUGAGCAUUAAAAAUAGGAAUAAACUUAAUAGAAUCCUCAAUGCUGCUGGCAAAAUCAUUGGCAAAAAACAAACCCCAUUUGGGCAGUUGUUUGAGACAAACAUCUAUAAAAAAGCUAACAAGAUCCUUGAAAUAAAGAAUCACCCUUUGUGUCAGGAUUUUGUGAUUUUACCAUCACAAAAGAGAUACAAGACACCGAUAGCAAAGACAAACAAACACAAACACUCUUUUGUUCCCCUGGCAAUCAAAUCAUUAAAUAAGAACAAUCUGGUACAAACUUUGUCACAUGUAAAUUAUGAUCUAAAUUUCUCUACACCCUAAUAAUACCAAAGAUAGAUCAAAAAUAUUAUAUAUUAUAUACAAACUCUGCAAAUGUCAAAACCUAAAAGACGUGGUGGAAAGGGUCUGUUUGGUCUUCAGAAGAAAAAGUCUAUCCUAUUUACAUUCCAACCUAGAGAAGGAGAAGAAUAUUCAUCUGACUCAGAAGAUUCAGAUUAUGUUCCUGGAAGACAUUCAUCAGACGAAGGCGAGGAACUUCCUUUGAAUCAGGUGAAAAAAAGAGUCAGAAAAGAAAAUGUGAAACACAAUAAAGUUCAGUCAGGGAAAAAAUUAAGAAAUUCAGCUAGAUCAUCCGUUGAACAAUGCACUGUAUCAAAUGACGAUACAAUGACUGUGAGAUUGCCAGAUGAAAUAUUAUUGAGAAUAUUUCAGUUUUGUGUAUUAAAUGAAGGAAUUUCCAAGUUUCUACCCAGGAUAUCAAGAGUCUGUAAAGACUGGAAUCGACUUUCCCAUGAUCCAACAUUGUUUGAGAAACUGGACCUAAGUGCUUCGCAGUUGCAAUUGACCAAGACCCUACCUAAGGGUCUCCUCGAAAAUGACCUUUCCUUGUGUAAAUCACUCAGUCUAUCUGGACAAACUAAACUUCAAAACAGUAUCAUUGAGUCUUUACUGACUUCCACUCCAGCUUUAGUAUCCCUGGAUGUCUUCAACUGUCCUACAAUCAAACCUGAACUUGUAAAGAGGUUACCUCAACUUUGUCCAUGUUUGUCACAUGUGGAUUUGUCACACUCCAAUGAUUUCAAUACAAGCAUUACAAUUUCCUCUAUUGAAGUGCUCAUCACUGCUUGUGGCUUAAGACUUGUGGAGCUUCGCUUGGCUAGAAUUCUAGCUGUCAAAAAUAACAUGAAGUCUCUUUUCAAACUUUUGCAGGACAACUGUCCCAAUUUAGAGGAACUUGAUUUAAGAAUGAACCCAAGGUUUCCGCAAGCGGUGUCUCCACACUGUUAUGUUGAUAUGGUUGGAUUCAUUAAGGGCUGCCCCAAGCUGAAAGAGCUUCGACUGGAUGGUGUCAACAUUUGUGAAAAACUUGAGACUAAAAAACCUUAUGAACCAACAUUAAUCAAUCUAAAGACAUUCUCACAGUCUGCUGUUCUAUGUGACACUUCUGUCCAACCAAUAUUUUAUUUAAUGUUUGGUCCUGACUGUCGACUGACUGAACUAAACAUCAGCAGUUCUAACCUUGUACCUACUGAAAUUAUUGACUUUGUGACUGAAGUGGAGUCUUGCUACAUGGCUGACAUGAAGUGGAAAUCAGUGGAGGUCAUGAUCCUUUAUGAGUGUUUAUCUAAGUGGUGCACGUCUCUCAGAGUUUUAGAUUUGUCUUACAACAAAUUAAAUGAAAUUCUGGACACAGGACUUGGUGCUUACAAGUUGAGCAAUGGAGUUUCUUAUCCUUUAGAGGUUCUCAACCUAUCCAAUACAGUAGUCAGUUCUAAUGUAGUCAUCCAGAUGAUUAAGUCAUGCAAGGGUCUUGUUAGCAUUGACUUGACAGCAUGCAGAGAACUACCAAGGGGGACAAAAAGGAUAUUUCAGAAAAAUGAAUUCCGCACAUUGUUGAAAAUUCUUUCUGGAGCUGGAUCAGGUGAAGAUACUGACAGUGGAUAGAAUGACACUUUGCAUCCCAUAGUUUUAUUUGUAAGCAUUUACAGCCAUCAUUCAGAUUCUUGAGGUAUUGACAACAGUAGCUCAAGUUAUAAAUUGUAAACUGUAACAAUAUUUAUAUUUGAGUGCUAGAUGUGUUAAUGUCUUGAUGUUACGAUGAGAUUGUGUUGAUCAGGCAAUGCGUUUCUGAUGUUAUAAUUUAGUAUAGAUUUCUAUUUUUAAACAAUUACUGAACACUGGGAUUCAAAAUCAACCAUAAAUUCAAAACAAUUAAGAUCCUUCAAUAAUAAUUACAAAGCUUUCAUUCUGGAACUAGGAACCACUUUAAUAAUAUACACUGUACAAUACAAUUUAAUGAAACAAAUUUACUGUCAUCGUUCAAGCUCCUUAACUCAAUAUCCCAGACCUUUAAAUACUUUUUACCAUCUACCUCUCUCUAUAUUUGGAAACAACCUCACUCCUUCCUUUUAUGGUCUGGAAUUUACCGGACAAGGUGAUGCAAAUAUUCAGCCAAUAAAGGCAUUGAUAAUGGACUUGCUCUCUUCUUUUCUGUGAAACUAGUCAAUAUAACCAUGACCUUGCAUUGCAGAAAUCUAAAAAUAAACUAGAUGCAACAGUAGCUUUAUGCUACAUGACAUAAGAGAAUUAACUUCAUCACCUGUUGCUUUGCACCUCAAAAAGAAAAUUCUGUUUGAAUGUGUGCUGUGUUAGCUACAAACAUUUCAUAUUGUGUGAAUUUAUGAAUUAACUUUUUUGUGUGUAGUUCAGUGAUGCUGAAAAAUAUGUCUGCCAAGUCAUAUUCCUACUAGGUACUCUCCCCUGCUUUUUUAAAAUUUUGGUAUUAUUGUCUGAAAUUUCAUAGGGGCCAAAUAGAACCGCAUCAUAGGCUGGAUGGUCUGCAGGCUGGAGCAUGAAUGUUAGAAUUAGUAGCAUUUCUAGUGUGACUUUUAAUAUCCAAAUCUCACUAGUGAAAAUGAACUUGUCUAGACACUUUUAUUUAAUUUAGAAUGUUAUUGGACAAGUAAAUGCUUACAAAUAUGUUGUGUUGAUACUGGGCAGCACAUGUUUUGUUAUAUCCCUUGGAAAAACAUAUUUUUUGUAAUGAUCUCAAAUUUGAUGAUGUAUGUUUGGAAGUGAUGUUCAUUUCUUACUUUUGUGUGUGUGUAGAUUUUUAGAUUUUAUUGUCACAUUCACAGAUACAUUUGUUGUUUUUUUUUACUUUAAAAUAUGUAACAUGUUGUAAAUAAAACCACAAAAAAAAAAAAUUGUCACUUCCAGAAUAAAUAACUGUCUCUCCAUUAA